AUGCCUGAUAUAACAAAUAUGUCGGAGCACGUGCAAGCUCAUAUCAAUUGUCAGAUUAUAAAACCUAAUAUAGAAAUUAUGAAUGUUAAGCGAAUGGCAACAGUUCAGGUUUUCCAGGAAAAUUCUGAAUGCCUCCGGACAUUUGUAAUGGAGAAUUGUCAUGAUGAAGAACCGGUCCCAAACUUAGUUCAUUACAUUUGGUUUUCUAAACGAGAAAUGAAUUUUUAUCAUUUUCUUAGUUUUCUUAGUGCCAGUAGAUUUUUGAAACCGUGUCUUAUUUUGGUACAUGGAGACCGCCUUCCAUUCGGAACAUACUGGGAAUAUCUAUUGACUUUGGUGCCAAAUAUAAUGCAUGUUCAAAGAAGUCCACCAGAAGAUGUAUUCGGAAAACCCCUUGGUAAUAUUGAACACAAAGCUGAUAUCGGCAGAAUACAGGCUUUACAGAAGUUUGGAGGAAUUUACAUUGACACAGAUGAGAUUAUACUUAGAUCUCUGGAUCCUCUACGGAAAUAUCCAUUUACCUUGAGUCGUGCAGUUGAUUGGAAUCUCAGUAAUGGUCUCAUUCUUGCAGAGAAAAACGCUACUUUCCUGGACAUUUGGCAUUCCGAAUACAAAACGUACAAUAAAAGUCAGUGGGGAUAUCAUUCAACAAUUGUGCCGUAUCUGUUAUCUAAAAAGUACCCGGGUUUAAUUCAUGUUGAAAAUAAAACGUUUGUAAGACCUAGUUGGCAACAGCUCCCGCUGCUGUUUGAGAAGAAUUUUAAUUGGUCAGAAAACUAUGGUAUACAUUUAUAUAUUCGUUUUUAUAAAUUUACUCAUGAUUUUAACGAUAUCAAAUAUCUGAAUACAACAAUUGGAUCAGUAGCCAGACAUAUUUUGUAUGGAAGUAAAGAACUCUGUGAAAAAUAA